GAAUGUACGAGAAACUGCAACAGCAAACACACUUUAUUUACAAAACAGAUUUCUUGGAAUGUCUGGCGUUGGCAAUGAAUUUCAGGUGGUCACACGCAAGAAAUGGAUGGCGCGUAAAUGCCUGAGUCGACGAAACCGCCACAUAUCAGAAAGCGACUAUUUAAACGACUGCCCCGAUGUAAAUGUGGACAGCUUUACAACUCGCCUGGAGCGACUCUGUGGGAUAAUGAGCCAAAGUGAUUACUUUAUGCUGUCAAUGGAGACGCUGCAACAGCAAUUGGAUAUACUCAAGCGGCCGCUGGAACGCAUUGUUUGCCUGGGCCUGGGACCGUUCACACGCACCCACCAGGCGCUGCAUCAAGUGGCGUUUAUAGUCUGCGCCCAACGGCAACACAAGAUUAAGGAAGCCCUCUACUACGAUCCCGUGUUUCGUGAUACCGAGAAAGAGUUGCUCGAACGCCUGAGUGGAACAGUGCUGACCGAGGACAGAUCUGGCAGACAUGAGGCCACAGUGCCCACCCUGUAUUAUUUACCCCACUGUCCCUAUGCGCUGAUGCACAACCUGCUCUUGUGUAACUGGACCAGGGAGAAUCUGGCAAAUGUAUUCCUAAUUUCAAAUAGCUUUGAGAUGCUAACGCUAAACAGAAUAAAGGGUCGCGAUGCUGACGAUCACAUUACCCGCAUAACGGACCAUUGCACAGAGACUGUCCUAGAGGAUGACUAUGAACAGCACAAUGUAUUCAAUGAUUUGUCAUUACACAGCUUUCCCAGCGAUAAACUUCCAGCAGCAGAUGAUAACGUAUUUUGGACAUGCGGCAGCCCUUUAAAAGUGCACGAAGAUGAAUUACAAACGGAGUUAAUUACGGAGGCCGCAAUGACCGCAUUGAGCAUUAGCUCGUAGUUCAUAUGUCAAAGGACAUGGAAUAAUUGAGGCAAUAUAUUAUUUUAAAUAAAGUCGAAUCGUAAUCAUUUUUCAUCAAUUAUACUUUAUACCUAUUCUGAAAUUAGCUAUCAGAAUAAAUUUGACAAAAAUAACAUUAAGGCUUCUUUAAAUUUCAAAGGUUUGUUUUUUAAAUAGAUUUUAAUUAUGCUAUCAUAUCAUAUUGCCUAUAAGUCUGCCAGUUUCAGUGUCUGAAUAUAAAGUCAACAAUGAUGUGCUUAUUUCAAUCGAUUUAAUGUAAAUUGAUGUAUUAUAGACACAUAAACUUG